UCUCUCUAUAUAUAUUAAUACGUUUUCAAAAAACAUAAAAAAGGAUAAAACCGGGUACGGUAUUGCAACAUUUACAUAAAAAGAUUAACAGUCCUACACUUUUACCAUUUUGUUCACAGCAGAAGAUGAAACCAUUAGUGUAAUUAGAUGAGAUGGGGAGAAGGAGACGACGGUCGUUUAAUUAUGUGUACAGGUCAAAACGAAGAAGAGAAAGGAGUCCUUUUAAAUGCCUAGAGUAUAUACAAAAAACUAGUCAUACAAAUAGCAAUGAAUGGCGACACAAUCAUCACAACAGUGGUGACACUUGGAUUGGAAAUUUGGGUUGGGCAACCGAGGAAAGGGAGGAGUUGUUAUGGAUGUGGACUCCAAGCAACCUUCAAAAAGUUGAUAAUACUCUCGAAAAAGAGAAAUUAGACAAUAGUGACAUAAAAUGGGUUAUCCAAAGUUUAACGUCUGAAAUUGACAACGAGCUGGAACAAGUUUGUUCAGUUAUUACAAAACAUGACUUUUUCCGAAGAUCUGAUGUAUUCGGAAAUAUUGUAGAGAGUAUUAACUCAGAUCAUCAGGAUAUAGAUGACUGGUUAAAAGACCUCGUAAAAUUGGUUGUGUCGGUCUCAAAGCAAAGUAAUAUCAAAACAGUGUACACUAAAACAAUUUUAGGACUUUUUUCCUCCCUUCUUUUGCCAACAAAAUGCAGUAAUGACCCUUUAAUCGAAGAUGAGAUAGGCAAUGCCUUUGAGAAUCUGAAAGUCAGAGAAUGGUAUGAAGAUCUUCAAGAUGACAGCCCUUCAAAGAUACACGUACCCGGUCCCCUAAGAGCAAUAUUGCAUACUUUGAUAACUUGGCUAAUAUUACCAACAUCUGAAAUGGUUGACAAAGAUGAACACCCUCCUCUGUGGCCACGCGACUUGCGUGCUCCAUAUCGGGGGCCUGUUCAUUAUUUAAUAGAACAGUUCAGUCUAUUUCUGGAAGAUUUCAUUGCUCCUCUACGUAGAGGAAUAAAAAACUAUAUGAACUACGUACGAUCGCAAGGAAUGCAAAGCUCAUUUAAAGAUGAAAAUAUUCGAGUAUAUAGAAGAGUCCGCCUGCUUGAUAACAAAUGUAUCCAUGGGUCAGGCGUGUGUCUUGAAGUACAGUUUGAUACCAAUACAAUGAAGAGAGUGCGCUGGGAUUCCUGUAAUUUUUUACAGUACGGGAAUGUAGUUUGUUUAACCUACGAUGAUUGCCCAGAAUUAGUCUAUGCAUUGAUCGCUAAUCGGGAUGUACAACAACUUAAAGAUGGAAAGAUUUUCCUGAAAGUACUCAAUGAAAACCCGCAAAGUCUCGGUAGACUAAGAAGGAAACAACAAUCUCGACUCGUGAUGAUUGAAAGCAAAUCAUUUUUUAUGGUAUACAAUCGCACACUUGAGUCAUUUCAAAAUAUGGCUUUAAGAAUGCUAGAAAAUAAUGAAAACAUUCCAUUUGCUAGGUAUUUGGUAGAUCUAAACACUGACGUUAGGGAACCAUUAUACACUCGGGAAAAGAACUUUGAAUCAACAGGAGUUGACUUUAACUGCCUCGUUAAAAUCAAGAAAGGCACAUCAAAACAGUAUAAAAAAAUACCAAUACUGGAUGUGGAGAAAUGGCCAACAAGAGAGGAAAUGGGUCUCAAUGAGGAUCAAUACAACGCACUCAAGAAAUGUUUGACGAAGAAAAUCGGUAUUCUCCAAGGUCCCCCUGGCACAGGAAAAACUUGGAUGGGUGUGCGGAUUGUGGAAUUUUUAUUAAGCAACUUCAGGAAUUUGUUUACGAAUGAAGAAAGCCGGCCAAUUUUAUUGCUCAGUUAUACAAACCAUGCACUUGAUCAAUUUUUUGAAAAGUUGUUGGAACUAGAAAGUAUUCAACGUAUGCUGGCAGGAAUGUCUCGUUUUAAAAUACCUUUUGUGAGAGUAGGAGGGCGGUGUGAAAAUGAAAAGGUUAAGGAAUAUUCAUUAAAUGUACAAAGAAAGAAAAUAAAAUAUUGGAGCGACAAUAGAGCGGAAAUGCAAAAAUCUCUCAAAUCUGUCAAGUUUAUUGACACACUUCUUAGUUUCCUACAAGAAGGAAUUAUAUCGGCCGAUUUCCUAAAAUCUGAGGAAAUAAUAUCGUCGGACCACUACUCUUCCUUAAUACAAGUUCAGUCCGUAUUUCCUCCUAACAAUGCUAAUGAUAGUUUACUUGCAUGGUUAUUUGAAAACGGAGUUGACUACAACCAGACAAACGAGACACCAACAACCAACAAGACAGAACUAACGGAAGAUGACUUGUUUUUACAGGAAUCUGAAAGAAGAAUCUUAGACGACGAUGACAAAAGUAAAGUCGACGAAAAUGAAAAUUUAAAGGAAAUUUCCCCCUUAUUUCUUCUCUCUAGCAUAAAUUCUCCGCCUAAUUAUCUGCUUGAUAAUAUUCAAAGUAAUUAUGUUGCCAUAUUAAACUUCGUUCGUAAAAUGCUUAGCAAUCCCGAUGAUUGUAUUUCGGAUGAAAUGAUGAGGGGAGUCGAUGACGUCUGGGAUUUGUGUCAUAAAGAACGUUGGAGACUUUACAAAUUUUGGAUUCGAGAUAUUUCUUUCAAAUUUUCAAAUCGUAGAAAUAGGCUUGUAAAAUUAUUUGAUGAUUACAGCAAAGCUGUUGAAAAUGAGCGGUUUAAACAAGAUUUGGGCAUUCUAACUUCAUGCUACAUGGUGGGUAUGACAACCACUGGUGCUGCAACAAAUAUGAAUCUUCUGAGAGAAAUACAACCACGUAUUGUUGUUGUAGAGGAAGCAGCACAAGUUCACGAACAACACAUUAUUGGAUGUCUGACUAAAGAAUUGCAACAUCUCAUUUUGAUAGGCGACCACCAGCAACUCCGUCCAGCAAUGAACAAUUAUGAUUUAAAACGAUCUCAUAAAACAGAUGUUUCAUUGAUGGAGAGGUUGGUGAUGAAUAAGUUCCCCUUUCACUGUUUGACUUAUCAACAUAGAAUGAGACCUGAGAUCUCCCGAAUGCUGACUCCAGCCAUUUACCCAACACUCAAAAACCAUUCGUCCGUCUUAUCGUACCAAAAUAUCAAAGGUAUGAAACAUAACAUAUUUUGUGUCAAUCAUCAAAAAUUUGAGAAUCAAUCGGAAUUUUCUACAAGUUAUACAAAUGAUUUUGAGGCUGAUAUGAUAGCUCAGCUUUACAAAUACUUAAUAUUGCAAGGAUAUUCCAAUGCAGAUAUCACCAUUUUAUCUGCAUAUAACGACCAAGUUAGAAAGAUCAGAAGGAAAGUGACUGAAAUUUCGAAAACAAUUAGAGUAAGUGAGAGAAGGUUGGAAUCAAGAGUUCAUAUCACAGCGGUUGACAAUUUUCAGGGAGAAGAAAAUAGAAUAAUUCUGCUUUCACUUGUAAGAAGUAAUGCGGAAUGCAAAUUAGGUCAUCUAGGUGAUCCUCAAAGAAUAUGUGUUUCUUUGUCAAGAGCAAAAGAAGGAUUAUAUAUUUUUGGAAAUUUUGAAAUGAUUGAUAAUCGCAAAAAUAUGUUAUGGAUGGAAAUAAUAAAAACUGCGAAAGAAAUUGGCGUAUUUGGUGAAAACAUAUCUCUAGUUUGUCAAAAUCAUCCAAAAACAAUCACAAAAGUGUCCACUCCUCAGGAUUUUGGGAAAGUUCCUGAUGGUGGAUGUACUGAACUGUGUGCAACCCAGCUGCAGUGUGGACACGUCUGUGAAAGGCAAUGUCACGGUGAUGACUCGAUUCACAACCUUCUAUGUCAAAAGCCAUGUUUGAAGAUAGUAUGUGAAAGUAAUCAUCCUUGUCCAAAAAAAUGUCAUAAAGAAUGUGGUAAGUGCAUGACAAAGGUGAUGAAAAAGUUUGAUAUAUGUAAACAUGAAGUUGAAGUUCCUUGUUUUGUGGAUCCUGCAUCUACUCCAUGCCCAGUUAAGUGUACAAAGACGCGGUCAUGUGGACAUCCUUGUACCUUGAAAUGUGGUCAGAGUUGUGAUAAAUUACCAUGUACAGAGAGAUGUUUGGAAAUAUUAUGUGACAGUGGACAUCCUUGUCCAAAGAAAUGCCAUGAAGAAUGUGGAAAGUGUAUGACAAAAGUGAUGAAAAGGUUUGAUUCAUGUGGACAUGAAUUGAAAGUACCUUGCUAUUUAGAUCUUGCAUCUAUUUCAUGCCCAGUUAAGUGUACCAGAACACGACAGUGUGGACAUCCUUGUACUUUGAAAUGUGGUCAAAGUUGUGAUCAAGUUCCAUGUAUGGAAACGUGUUUGAAAAUGGUAUGUGAUAGGAAACAUCCCUGUCCGAAAAAAUGUCAUGAAGAUUGUGGGAAGUGUUCGAAAUUGGUUACGAAAAAGUAUAGUAAUUGUGGACAUGAAAAUGAGAUACCUUGUUGGAUGGAUCCUGCAUUUGUUCCAUGUAAAGCCGAGUGUACCAAGAAACUACAGUGUGGACAUCCUUGUACUUCAAAAUGUGGUCAAAGUUGUGAUGAUGAUCUAUGUAAAGUUAUGAUACAGAAUAUGCAUCCACAAUGUCGUCACAUAACAAUAAUUAAAUGUUACAAAAAAGAUGAAUAUAUCUGUCGAAAAAAAUGUACAGAAAUUCUUGAGUGUGGACAUCCAUGUCAAGGGAAUUGCCAUGCGUGUUCGAAUGGUAGAUUACACGUACCCUGUAAAGAAAAGUGUACACGUACACUUGUUUGUGGACAUGCUUGCAGUGAUUUUUGUUGGAACCCCUGUCCCCCGUGUUCGAAAAGAUGCGAAAGAGGAUGUGUGCAUAAAAGAAACGGCUGUAGUCAUUUAUGUAAAAAUCUGUGUGAACCAUGUGAAGAAAUGUCAAAUUGGAUUUGCUAUGAUGAAUGUGAAAAUGAAUUUCGUAGUAGUGAAAAGUGUCAUAAAGACUACGUCCGGCCCCCUUGCAAUAAACGAUGCAAGAAAUCAUUGAUAUGUAAACCUAAUCACAGAUGUAUUGGAUUGUGUGGGGAAAAUUGCCCAUCCAUCUGUAAAAGAUGUGACAGGAAAAAACUAACAAAUAUCCUUGGAGAAAAAAGCGUUGAUGACUCGCUUGUCGUACAACUCAUAGACUGUGGACACAUAUUUAUGGUCGAUACAAUGGAUGAGUAUAUGCGUUUGUAUCCAGAACAUUUCAUUUUGGACGAAAAGAUGGCAUUAAAAACAUGUCUUGAAUGUUCGACACCCAUAAGAAGUAGUGGGCGAUACAAAAACGUCAUCAAUCAAACAUACAGUGAUAUUGUGGAAGUAAAUCGGAAAUGUAAAGUUGAAACAAACAACUUGUUUUUGAAAAAGUAUAAAAUUCAGAGAAAUGUCCUCGAUAAAGACAUGCCACUCAAAGAACGGAUUGCCUGUUGCCGCAACAGAUAUGUUAGAGCUGUUUGUAAAAGAGUCUUGAAAAAGUUAUGCCGAAGGUAUAAAGCGAUUCUUGCAAUGGAUGAACAAUAUAAUAUUAGGGAAAUAGCAAAAACUUACAAUGUUAUAUUUGACUGGAUUUUUCAUCAUUCAAAUGUUACUUUUGUUCACGAGGAACUCGAGCAGUUGAAUGAUGAGGUGGAGAGAUUUUCGAUGUAUAUUGACCUUGUGUUACUGAAACAUGUCUGGGAAAUCAUUCUACUUCAAACCGAAAAGGAUCUUAUUCAAUAUCAUUUAUUGAAACUCCGAUGCCCAGAUGGCGAUACCUUUAACCGUGGCGAUGUUGUGUCAGCUCAGGCAGUAUUUGAUAAGAUACGAGAAAAGCAUUGCCUGUGGAUGCCUGUUAGAGAAAGAAGAAUGUCAUUCAAAGAUGUGGUUUGCGGAAAACGAGGAAACUGGUAUAAAUGUAGCAAAGGUCACAUCUACCUGAGCGAAGUUGGCGGUUCAGUUGAUGAUCCAAGAUGCCCUGAUUGUCUGUCACCUAAAGAAGAUGGUCUACCACUAAAUGAAGAAGAGAUGGAGGUGGCUUGAGGCACGACACGGCUUGUAAGCGGAGUUACCGUUGUUUUUUUUUUUUUAGGAAUAGUGGCGAGGAAGUGGUUUGUAAAUUCGAUUAUCGAUUAUCUUUUGAUUGUUUUAUGCAUAUCUAUAGAUAAUAAAUUUAAACUAGAUAUCAUUUGUACGAGAUUUAGUAUCACAAUUUUGUACAAUUAAAUAUUUUGUAGAUUUGAUUCAGAGGAACAGAAUGUAUUCAAUAUGUAUUCAUUGUUGGUUUCAGUUCAUUUAAAGAGAAAGAUUUAUCAAUUUUUUCAUGACAAAACUAUAUCAAUGAUGCAAAUCUGACAAAUAAUGAUAUUGCAUGUAAAGAAAAGAACCGUGUCAAAAAACAAAUCUUGAUUUUUUAAGUUUUUAUUUUUCUUGGUUUGUAUCUGAGUUACUUCUUUUUAUCAUUUUAAACUUUGUAGCUCCUGAUGUUUUAUAUUUUUGUUUUCUUGUACUUUCAGGCUUUUUUUUGUGGUAAACAAAAACAAUAGUAUACAGAGUUGUUUCUGUCGGUACGUCUUGUGAUUUUUGUAUUCGAUCGUAUGUAUCAUAUUGUGUCAAAUAAAUUUCACAGGGUGAUAAUCACAUAUUUCAAAUUUUAUCCGGAUGUAAUAAAGUUAGCCAGUAGUAAUAGUUUUGUUGCAAAAUUCAGUAAUGUAUCGGAUGCCACUUAAUCGUCGAGUUUCAGUAACGUUGUUUUAGUGUCACGUGACUGUCUUGUAGACAUUGUUGUUUCCUGGGAUGAGAGUGGUAAAACUGGUAUUUGUGUGGCGUGGUUGCCGAGUAUGCAUGUGUGACUGUUGAUAUGCAUACCUUUGCACUAAUUGUGCUAUUCAUUCUAUUAUGUUACCUAUUACGAUAUGAUCUCCUGUGAGACAUACCUCAGCAGUUUUACUUUUGAUUCCUCUGAUAAGGGAUAAUUCCGUAUUUAUUUUAAUAAUUUAAAGUAAAACUGUGUGAGUGAGUUUGAUCUUUAUUUUUAGGUCACCUUUAUUUACUUAACGUUUCUUUAAUAAUCAAUCUUUUGAACUUUCAUCAAAUGAGUUACGCUAUGAUGGAAGACCCCAACACAUUAUUUUAAACUUUGUGGCUUAUUUUAGUUUUCUUGUUCUGUAAGGCGUUUGUGAAUUUGUAUCUUUCAAAGACAAUGAAAAACAGGAAUGUUUCAGAUUGAUUGAUGACCAUCUUGGUUUGCUGUUUAUUUGACAAUACUUAUUUUCGUACAUUGCUAAACGGGUAUGUAGAAAAUAUUAAAUGUAUUGAUUGGUGACAUUGGAGAGUAUUUUUUGACAAUACUUUAUUCCUUUGUAUUGCUAAAGGCAGUAUUGAGAAAAUAUUACACACUUAUUGCUUUGUAGAACAUAUGAGUGUGAUUUUUUUUUUAAAAUCUUGAACAUUAAAUUUUAAAAGAGUG